GAGAGAGAGAGAGAUUGGGCUAAAACCAACCCCCCCUGGAUGUUUCAGUUAGGUUCUGCUGCUCCGGUGUCUUGCUUGUCAGUUCUCUCUUAUGCGGUGGUUAGUGUGGAUUCUCUUCAACGCAUUGAUAAGAUCUCUACAAAUAAUAUUCAAGGAGUUGGACAAUAAGCGGCUCAGUCAAGACCCCUUCAAACAGAGCACAUAAGCACCCCCUGGUGGCAUUGACAAGCAUAACACCUGUGAUCAGAGACGUGGGGAAAGAGAACCACUACCUGACUCAGCUGCAACUAACAUCUUCUUGUCUAUUGGAUUAUAGUUCUGUCAUUCUAUGGAGCGAAACACACAGAGAGCCCCCAUACCAACUGGUAUUGAUCGGUAACUGAAGCAUGACAAGUUAAACUAUGCGUUAAUUAAUACCUAGAAUAAGGUAUUAAAAAGUCAACCAAAGAGUUCACUAAAGAAGACUUAACAAACAACAGAAACAUGGAGAUGGAAGCCUCCCGUGCUGCUUACGCUGGGACCUUCCCCACUGAAUCUAUAGGCUCUCUACCCACCAACACCUCCUCUCCAAGCCUGCUCCAAUUCUUCUGGGAUUACCAGAACAAUGAUGUCAUUGUGACGCACUACAACUACACAGGCAAGCUCCAGACAGACCGGUAUCGUGAGGGGUUAAAACCUGAAGCCAUAGCCUUCCUGGUAGUGUGUCUUCUUAUCAUCCUGGAGAAUGCUGUGGUUCUAAUAGCCAUCUGGACCAAUAAGAAGUUCCACCUGCCCAUGUACUAUCUCCUAGGUAACCUGACUCUGUCAGACCUCCUGGCCGGUGUCACCUACAUGGCCAAUAUCAUCAUGUCUGGUCCUAAUACACUGAGACUAACUCCAAUACUCUGGUUUCUGAGGGAAGGAGGCGUCUUUAUCACAUUAGCCGCCUCCGUCAUCAGCCUAUUGGCCAUCGCGAUAGAACGCCACGUUACCAUGGUGACAAUGAAACCAUACCACGGGGCAAAGAAGGGUCGGCUGCUGGCUCUGAUCGGGGGGAGCUGGGCGUUAGCAGGGCUGCUGGGGGUGCUCCCCGUCCUGGGCUGGAACUGUAUGGGUCGCCUGGACCGCUGUUCCACGGUUCUCCCGCUCUACGCCAAGUCUUACAUCCUGUGCUGCGUGUCCGUGUUCAGCGGCGUGCUCCUCGCCAUCGUCGUUCUCUACGCCCGCGUCUUCCGUAUCGUGCGCACUAACACCCAGCGCCAACGCCUCGGAGGAGCAAAGGGAAGCCUUCGCAAAGGCCUCGCCAGGAAAUCCCAGAAGUACAUGGCGCUCCUCAAGACAGUCACUAUUGUACUCGGCGUCUUCAUCGCUUGUUGGUUGCCGCUCUUCCUCCUCCUCGGCCUAGACUCAUUCUGCCCUGCCCGCCGCUGCCGACUGCUCCUCAAGGCGGACUACUUCCUUGGCGUUGCCAUGGUGAACUCGCUCCUCAACCCCAUAAUAUACACCCUGACCAGCAAAGACAUGCGUCGCGCUAUUUUAAAACUGCUCUGCCGCCCGUGUCUCAUGACCAAGGACGGGCAGGUGAAGAGGAUGGGGGUGCCGUUCCUGGAGUGUAGCUUCAGUAAGACGGAGGUGGCAUCGAAGAAGCUGGAAGGCCUGGAGACAACGAUCUCCUCUGGGAACAUCGUCACGGCUCAGUCACCCAUAAAGACUCUCUACCCCAAGCUCUUCAAGGUCUAAAGAGCCUAAUGUGGAUAGCUCUGUGAUGGACAGGGAACUAACUCCCUAUAGAAGAUGGACAACAUAAGUGCUCCAUAUGGCCUCCUGAAAAGACAGACCUGAAGGACCCUUUGGGCAGCUCUGUGUUUAAGAGAGUAAACCAUAGAAUUAGGGGCUUUGUCCCUUCCAGUAAUUGUAUUUCUAUGGAGUGAACUUCAUAUUGAAGUGGUGGACAACAGGAGUGCUCAAUAUGGCCACCUGAAAACGGCAUCACUUCCUGUUUGGCAACUCCACUCCAAUGGCCUUCGGCAGACUAGCCUACAUCUAUAGCUCUCUUCUGCCCAAUGAACUAAGCCUAAGAGCAAACCCUCAAAAAGACAGGUGAAUGAUCUAUGAUUGCGACAGAUAUAGCUACAGGUGUUUUUGAUGAGAGCAUCAAGUUCAGACAUAUCUCUCUUCAGCAAGUCUGUAGUGGUGCACUUGCAGCAAUAUCACCACAUCAAAAGACUGAUGUUGUAAGAAUGAUGACUAAACAUCAAGCCAGGUGGAAGAAAUGAAAAUGUGAAUUAAGCAACUCUUCUGGUAUUCAGAAAAACCUUCCAGAACUGAUUUGCACUAAGUUAACUCUGCAUUGAGAGAGCAUUGAAAGCCAUGGAUUAAGAUUGGACAUUCUGUUCUAGAACUAAGACUGUAAACUGGACAUUCCAACCAUGUUGAGUUGUUGUGGCGA